GGUUGCACCAAACGGUUAGUCGUUUCGGUUGGCGAACUGGUUCUUUUAGAAUCCAAGUCUUUCAUUGUUAAAACGAUUUUUUAACUGACCAUUUUUAUUUUGAAUAAAAUUUUGUGAUUAGGUGAAACGAGUGAAAAAACGGCUUUACAACAACCGGUAAAGUUACAGCCGUCUUGGGAGGAAGCUAAUUUACCGGAAGAAGAACUCAAUUUUCAAAAGAUGAGUAUGGAUGAGGCUAGUUUACAACUUAAUGCGCCCAAAGAUCGGUAUCAAUUGGUUUAUUGGAUCUUUUUGUUGCACGGAAUUGGUGUGUUGACCCCGUGGAACAUGUUUAUUACAGCAAACGAUUAUUUCACAACGUACAAAUUAAGUUAUGAUUACACCGGUCAAAAUACAACUUAUAGCGACACAUUCUUACAAAAUUUAGGAUUCGCCUCGCAAGUUCCUAACUUAGCCUUUAAUUGGCUAAACAUUUUUGUAGUCUUGGGUGGUAACUUGACAACAAGGAUUGUUUGGAGUAUAUGGGUUGAAGUCAUAAUUUUUCUUUUUACGAUUAUUUUAGCAAUGAUGGAUACAAGCGGAUGGCCUGGAACGUUUUUUUGGCUAACAAUGUGUUCUGUAGUAUUACUCAACAUGAUGAACGGUGUUUAUCAAAAUACAAUUUUUGGUAUGGCCGCAAAACUACCUCCGAAAUAUACAGGGGCUGUAAUUUUGGGUAGUAACAUAAGCGGAACGUUCACUGCCAUCGUUUCCGUCAUUUCGAAAUUGGUUUCAUCGAACCAAAGGAUGGCCGCCAUCUAUUAUUUCAUAACGGCUCUAUUAGUGCUGUUAGUUUGUUUUGAUACGUACUUUGCACUGCCUUUAAACAGAUUCUACAGGCACCAUGAAUUGAAAGAGAAACGGGACGCCGAAUUGCGAAAAGGAAAAGAUACCAAAACUGAAAAAACACCUUAUUUGUUGGUUUUUAAACAAGCUUACCCGCAACUAUUAAAUAUUUUUAUGGUGUUUUUUGUAACGUUAUCUUUAUUUCCCGCAGUUCAAGCACGUAUUUUAAAAAGCGAUGAUAACUUCUUUGUACCUGACAAUUUAUAUUCUGAUGUUACUUGUUUUUUAACAUUUAAUAUUUGUGCUAUGCUUGGUAGUUUUUUUACGAAGUAUUUUACCUGGCCCAAACCAAAAUAUUUAUGGAUACCAGUAACCCUAAGAUUUCUUUAUAUACCUUUUUACCUCUUAUGUAAUUACAAUUUAAAACAGACUCAAAGAACUUUACCAGUUUAUAUAACAAACGAUUGGUUGUAUUGGUUUGUUGCGAUAACGAUGGGUUUAACAAGCGGAUAUUUUAGUUCACUUGGGAUGAUGUAUGCCCCAGGAACGGUUGAACAACGCUACGCUUCAACAGCUGGAAUGUUUGGUGGUGCUGCUUUAAUUACCGGAAUAUUUUGUGGAAUUUGUUCGGCGUACUUAUGGCCAUUAGUUAUUACGCAUAUUGGUGUAUAACAAAAAUGUCUCGUGUACAAUACAGAGUCAGAAUGGGAAGUGAACGUGAAUUUUGGAUAGAGAGCGGCUCUGUAUUGUACACGCAAAUAACAACAACCGCCUAACAGACUGAUAAGGGAAGACGUGAGUGGAUGAAGGUGCUAUGUAACACGGGAACAAUUUUGAGUUAUUCGCGUUUAAAGUUUUUUGUUUGGAACUUUUUACUAUUUAUUUCUUUUAUUUCGUUUUUCAUAUUAUAUAUUCAAUUUAUUUCAACAACAAAAUAUAUUACAGUAUAAUAACUUUACAAAAUGAAGAUAAGUUAAGGAAUUACAAGAAUGAAAGAUGUCAUCUAAAGUAUUUUAUUAUCGCGUAAAAUAUUUUCGUAAUAAUAUUUGUAUUCUUCAUGUACAAAUUGCAACUGUUGUUUCAAAUUCAGUAACUUUUCUUUAGAAAUAUUGCCAUAUUUUUCCGAAACUCUGUCUUGAUAAACACAUAUUUCUGUAGUCUUUUUAUUUUUUAAGCAAUUGACAAUUUCAAAUUCGGUAUUUUCAUCCAGACAUUCCAUGUACCCCAAACUUUUCCACCCUAAUCCACCUGAUACCAUCUCAGGUAAUACAAACAGCGUCUUCAGUCCACGUAAAAAAAUAAGGUUGUUCUUCUUUUGAUAUGAAAUGUAUACCAAAAUUGUAAAAGCACAUCUGUCUCAGAUAGAAAGCCUUAGAUGUGGUUAUUCUUGGCAAAGGCAUGGUUUGUUGCAGAUUCAUGGUGAGAUAACCAAUUUCGUUGUUGCUUUUAGCUUUUAAGCUAUCCUUUUUCUGUUCUUCAAACGCCUUUCUGUACCUCUCUUUAUGUUCUUCAUUGCCGCAAGUGCUGCAAGUGUCGCUCUUAGGUUGUCCAAAAGAUAAAUUAAAUUUUGUAGAAAAAAUGUUGCUAUAUGAACAUAAUUUUACUAUGUACUCUUCUGGAAAUUUUUUGGUGCGACAUACAACCUGUACAUUUUAGCUAUAUUUAGCAGCGGAGAAAGAUACAUCUUAUUAAUAUUUUUAUUCCUUGAAUAAUGUGAUUGUUCGGCAGGAAAUCUUUUUAUGUGGUCAACAAUGGAUUCAACAACUUCAGCUGGCAAGCUGGGCCUUUUAUCAUGGCAGCCUCUUCUGUCUGGACUUGGAGCUACCUCACCUGAUUUCAGCUUUCUCUGAAUAACAGCAACUUUUUUUCUACCAAUGUUGCAACGUUUGCAAACUUGCGUUUGUGUUGCAUUAUAAGUUAUAAAAUAUUUAAAUGAAAACUGUUUUGGAUUUUUAGCUGAAGAUCUAUGGCGCUGAACGGGGCCAAUUUUUAUACUUUUGAAAAGUAAAAUAUUUUUGGAAUUCUGAUUUGACUUGUAGAAACUUUUAAAUAUAUUUUCUCUUGAGUUGACUUCAAACUUCUCAUCGUAAUUUAAUCUGCAACGAUCCGUACACAGUACAUUUUUUAGAUUUGGACUCUUAGCGGCAAUUUCUUUUCCCGUUUGAGAAAUAUAUUUUUCCCCUCGAUCUCUUGCAAUCCUUGCCGUUUCCCUUUUCCACUUACUUGGAUCCCUCUUCCUUUUCAUAGCAAUCGUUUCUGAAGGAAAAAUUAUUUGGGGUAUCUUCUCCCAUUGUGUAUUUAGGUAUGCCAAUACAUUUCCUCCACAUCAACCGGUACUUUGCAAAAAAGUAAGAAUUAAUCUACAAAACAUCUUUAGACGUUUAAAUUACUGCAUAAAACACUUAAAAAGCCAAAAAUCCUAAAAUUCUCAAAAUUGUUACAUAACCCCUUUAUCCACUCGCGUCUUCUAGGAACCAAAAGGGUAUCGCGCAAUAAGAUUCUGGCGCUCAGUUCUUCCACAACAGUAACAAAACAAACACACGGUAGCCUUUUGUAGUAAUAAUAAGGUACCAAAACAUUUAAUAAAAUAAUUGUAGAUGAAGUGCGGUGUAAAAAAUAAGCUACGUUCUGAAAGAAAUAACAAUCAUUGUAUAUAAGUAAAAGUUAUGUUUUUUUUUUAUCAAAAUUAUUGAAUUAAUAAUGCAUAAUUUUAUAAUUUAAUUUAUGUAGCCGUUUAAUAUGUACGGGAUUGACUGCAGUAAAAAUAAAGAUAUAUAUUUCUAUUGUUACUGUUACAAAAAAGAAAUACUUAUGAUAAAAUAAUGUUGAUUAAUGUUUUAGAAUUUUCAUACAUAUAUUCUUCAUAGCUUUUAGCAAUAUUGUAUAAAAUUGAUAACUUAACAUAUUUUUACUGAAGUUAACCUAUGCUUUAAAAAAAGCAAUCUUAUAAAAUAAACCACUGACCAAUACAUCUCUUUAAACAACUAUUUAUACGAUAAUAUCGAACCUCUUCGAAUUUCUACAACGUACACUUAAUCUUUGAACGCAUAACAAAAUAAUAUUUGUUACUCCUAGCUUCGUACAUAAUAUAAGUAUUGUUCCAUAAUUACAAACUGUAACUGUGUAUUUUAUUGUUAAUUUUAAAUCGUAAAAACAAACAUUUUUAUUGAUUUCAUACAAAUAAAAUCAUAAUUGAAAAUAUAUAUACAUACAUAUUAUUUCAUUUCAAUCAAACAGGGUCCAGCUGACCAAAUCACUAACAGAUGUUAAUAAUUGACGAUUGUUUAGAUUAAAAUAAAAGCUCAAAGGCUGUAUAAUGAGGUUUA